AUGUUUUAUGCUGAGGCACUGAUGAUUCCAAAUCUCAGGUUUGGUCUGCUUGGAUGCGUAUUCAUGGUAAUGAUAGGAGGGCGUUGGUGGGUGGAGGUAUUUUCAUGACGUUUUCCCCGUCUACUGUCUGAUGCGUGCUUCUUGAAGUUUGACAAAAUGGAUCUUCGCCAAGCAAACCGAAAGAGCAUUGUUUAGUGGAAGUAUUUUCGUAAUACAUAAACUGCGAGCCUCAAAUUCAUCUAAUUAGUGGUGAACGAUUUCUCAAUAUUAUUCGUUGAAUUUCGAUUAAAUGGAUUCCGAUACUGUCACGGAUGUCCCUAAUGAUAAUCCGGAAACCUAUUGCCGAUUAUGUUUUUCUGGUUUUUAUGUGGAACCGGUUUUUCCCCCGGGAGCCGAACCACGCCAGAAUGUCAUCGCAAUGGUGGCCAAGUAUGUGGAUAUCCAUAUAACCAUAGAAACCGAUUUUCCUUGUUCUAUUUGUCGGAUGUGCCAAAUGACUCUAGAAGGGUUUCAUAAAUUUGGUGAACGUUGUCGGAAGCUGGAUGGAGUUCUUCAAAGGAAAAGACUGGAGAUGGCCCAACCUCCUAUGAUAAAACAAGAGUGUACUGGAAAUGCCAGUCAGCCGGCAGGAUUUGACGAAAACACUGUGUAUUGUCUGAGCGAUACGGAUGACGACGACGAUGAUGGAACACAUCAAGACGACAAUCAGUUAUUGGAAGAACAACAGUUCCAACAUGAAGACAUGGAGGAUGCAGAUGAAGAGGAAUUGAUUCGCGGAGACUUGCUAAUUAAACCGGACCCCGAAACGUACGAUAAUGAAGAAGCCACCGUACACGGUUUAUACGACGAACAAUUGGCAGAUCAGAUCGAGAUAGCUAAACGAAAAAUCAAAAGCCGAAAAGGACAACGGCACAUUGUGGAUGAUUUUGACAUUGUCGUACUGGAUUCAGAUAAUGAACCGGAAGAACCUUCAGCAAAGCAAGAUGAUAUAUCUGAGAAGCAAUCUCGGGCGUCGUCCACCACCAGACCGGGUAGCGUUUCCGGCAAGGAUGAACCAGUCAAACAAGUGGCGGAGUGGCCGUAUUCCGUAACAGACGACGGAGGAUAUCAAUGCAACAUCUGUUCGGAGGUAUUUCCACUACUGCGAGAUGCAAAGCAACAUAUUCGCAAAUUUCAUCCAGCGGAGUCUCAAGUAUAUUCGUGUAACUACUGCGAGAAACGCUUUGCCGAUACUAGCUGCCUGCGUCUCCACAUCCGCUUCCAUACAAAUGAUUUUCCACACGAGUGCACCGAUUGUGGUCAAAAGUUUAUGAACAAGUCUCGCUUGGACAAGCAUUUUUCUCGCUAUCACGAUAAAAAUUCUCCUACCUAUACUGAUAAACGCUUUAAAUGUACUAUCUGUCCCAGGAUAUUCCUGCAAGCCACCGGCCGUGAUAUGCACAUAAGAACGUUCCAUAAAAUUGAAAAGACACCACGAUCGGGUGCAGAUUCAAUUUUACCCUCAACAAUGGUGUUUAUGUGUGAGAUUUGCAAUGAAACAUUUGAUACAUCAGACGCAGGCAAGACCCACUUGCAGGAGAAACAUCCUGACGAUGUUGAUGAAGAUUGGUCGAAACUUGUACGGCGUCAUAAAUGCAACGAAUGUUCCAAACAUUUUACUUGGCGUCGUUUGUUAAGAUCGCAUGUUAUGACUAUUCAUAACAAGAUGCCACAUAAAUGUGAGGUUUGCGGUUGCUUUUUUGAUCAAAUUGGAAAGCUUAAUAAGCACAAGGCGCGCUGGCAUACUGAUGAAAAUAAUAAGAAAAGAACCUAUGAAAGGUUCAAAUGCGAUCACUGUGAACGAUUUUUCUUGCGCAACCGAGAUCGGAUACGCCACGAACAAACAGUUCACGACAUCGUCACACCCGCUCCUAUGCCGAAAUUUUGGGAAGGCAAAAGGGAUACGUUCCCGUGCUACAAGUGUGACCGACGUUUUCCUACAAUGAAGAUGGUACAUGUUCAUUUCACCAUCAAACAUCCUGGUGUUCCGGUACGCUUCAAAUGUAACAUUUGUAUGAAACUGUUCCGUCAUAAGACAACUAUGGUGAACCAUAUUGCCAAUCACACUGGUCACUUACGAUAUCCAUGUGAUCAGUGUGACGAUCGGUUCAUACGUAAAAAGGAUUAUGAUCGUCAUCUGAAAGAUGUGCACAGCGAAGACGGACCAGGAGAAGAUCUUAAAAGAUUUCCUUGCCCGUUCUGUCCUAGAAAAUUGCUUACUCAAGCGGCUCGCCGAAUGCAUGUGAAGCACACACAUGCUGAAAUGGAGGCCGAUGAUCAACCAGUUCAACCGGAAGAAAUACCUGGUUACGGGCCUUCCUCGCUUACCUGUACGGAAUGCAACAAAUCUUUCACUUCACGUUCCAGCCUCAAAGUACAUUGUCUCAAUCACAUUGGUAAACUACCACAUCAGUGCGAGUUCUGUAGCGCCGGAUUUUAUAAACCGAAAGAUCUAGAAAAACACAAAACUCGCCAUCAUAGUGGAGGAUCUACUUUUGGAUUAGCCAGUCGCUUUAAAUGUGCUUACUGUCCGAGAAUCUUUUUCCGAAAAUCUGCUCGGCGCUACCAUCAUACUGUAUUUCAUGGCAAAAAGGUAAAUCCCAAAGCCCGCCGAGUAAAUCAAGAUCCAUCAUUCAACAGUUCUACCCCCAUUCGAGGAAAGCGCAUUAAAACAGAUCCAGACACGGACUAUCAGUGUGGUUACUGUCCUGAUAUCUUCAACGAACAUAAACUUUUUGAGGAACACCAUGCAGAAAAACAUGGUGAUGAGAAAAUGAUCUAUAAAUGUCCGCAUUGUCCGAGACGUUUUCCACUAAGAAGGUUAUUCCUUUCCCAUGUCAAGUUGCACAUUGGAGGUUAUCGGUAUCCGUGUGACGAAUGCUCUUCUAAAUAUAAUACGCCAGCUAACUUAAAAGCUCAUAAGGCUAAGUACCAUAGCGAAGGGGCAAGUAAUCUUAAAAUGUUCAAAUGUGCCGUAUGUAAUCGAGGAUUCCUGCGUAACCAGGAUCGAGUGCGCCAUCAAAUAACUGCUCACAAUUACAAAAUUCAGGGUGGUACUAAAGCGCCAGUUGAAGGCGGUAAUGGAGCUGAAGCGCCAGGUCCCAGCCAAGAGCGGAAACCCAAAAUGAAGCUUUUAAAGAUCAAGCAGGAACGCAUUGAACCGUCAGUAAUCAUGCCACCAGAGGAUGAAGAAUCGAAAUGCUCUUCGGUAGGAAGAGGAUUUGCUGUAGAAAGCGACGUUGAAGAGGAUAUUACUUCCGAACAGUAUCAGCAGGAACAGGAUGCUUCUUCCGAGCAGUAUAUUGUUCAACAAGAAGAUGACGCUUCUUCCGAACAGUACAUUGUCCAACAGGAGCAGGAAUUGCCAGAAGAAGAACAACAGUAUCAGCAACAGGUGGAACAGGAGGACAUUCAGCAAUUCGAACAACGUCAGGAAUACCCGUUGGACCCUGUCCAACAAGAACAACAGCCUUUGAUUGAGGAACCCUUGACGCAAGAACACGAAGAGAAUCAGCGCCAACUUUUACCGCCUGAUUUACAGCAAGAGGAUUCUAUGUUGAUGUUGCCACCUCCGAUGCCUACAAUUUCGAACGUAAUGACAAUUAAGCAAGAAGGGAUGGGUGCGGCUACUAGAGUUUUAGAUCCUUCAGAAUUUUAAAUUUCCGAAAUUCUAUAUGUAUGAAUAAUAUAAUAACCUUACAGAUGCAUUUAAUGGAG